AUGGUGUGGGGCGGCUGGUCUGCGUGGGAGCCGCCGGACGAGAGGGAGACGGUGCCGAGGAGCUGGGUGUCGCCAAACACGCUCUUCCCGCUCAACCACAUCUGUCUGCUCUCGUGGUUUCUGCUGCUGUUCUUCCCUCGAUGGAGAUACACCAAGGUGUGGCACGGCAGACGUAUCAUGGGGAUGGCGGAUCGGGUGAUGCCUGUGUGUUUGUUUGCAAUGCAGACGCUGACCAUUCUGCCGCCGGUGGUACUCUCCGUGAUGCACUGCAUUUUAGUUCUCAAGGUGGGUCGGGUGAAUGGAUGGACGUACCUGCUACCUAUCCGUCCAUGUGUGUGUGCGUGUGUGUGUGUCAGAUUCUAGCACUAGAGGGGUUUGGUUUGUUCACCAAGAUCGAGUCGUUUUCCGGCGUGAUGGAGCUGUUUGGCAACGAGUGGGUGGCGCUCACCAUGCGCACACACCUCUCGAUAUUCGACGCCAUGAUGGGCCUCUGGGAGGUCAGUGAGAAGCAACCACCACUGACACACACACAAGCGGGAGGGCAUUGAUGGACUCUCUUUGUUGCAUUAUAUUGUCGGUCAGGUGACGAAUGCGCGCAAGUAUGGGAUUCCUCAUUACCUGGUGGUGCCGUGCCUUAUCCUGACCUACUUCCUCGGACCCACCGGACUGCUCGUCUUCAUGCUCAUACGCUCCUCCGUCGGGUACGCACCAGCACAAUGAAUGGCCACAGACCUGCCAUCCAUCCAUCCAUGCGUGUUGCCUUUGCGUGUGUGCAGUCGCGACAUGGACGAUCGUCUGCCCGACAGCCCCUCCCCCUCCCUGGGCGUCCACCACCUAGACGGCCCCCACAUCCACUCCAAUGCCCACCCCCACACCCACGCUGAGAACACCGACAGCGUCAGCACCAAGACCUCCCCCAACACCUCAUCCAACCACAUACACGUCCGGCAGCGCAGCCUCGCCACGGUCAGCGGACACACGCAGGCCAACGGCACUGGCACCGCACAGAGCAGCGCCAUCGACUCGCCGUCGUACGUCCAGAACGGCCUGUCGGCGAGGGGCAGCUUCAGCAACCCCUCUGUUACCCCAGCACACCCACAGGCAGAGAAUAGGGGUGCGGCGGCGGCGGCGGGGUGGGGGAGGGAGGGGGACGUCACAUAACACAGGUGACAUGAGCGGCAUGAUGGACACGGUCCGACUGGCCGUGGCGUGUGUAGCGAGUGUGUGUGUGGGUAUUUUUCGAGUGGCGCGGGCCGACAAGUGUGUGUGUAGAGGGGUCGAUGCUUAGUCAGGGUGGGUGGAGAGGGGAGGGAAGGCGGACUUGCGUUGCAUUUCGUGUCGUGUGCCGAUGGGUACAUUUGGUUGCCGCGUAUCAUA